AUGGUUGGGCAGGUCAAGGAGAUGCUGCUGCCGCCAAAAGAAGGUGCAAGUAAUGAUCAGGUGAAACCUUCCGGCGUUGCCACUUCUACUCCAGUCAAACCGCCGACCACCAAGUCACCACCACCUUCCCAGCCACCGAAAAGCAAGAUGAUCUUUGCAACCAAGCCCAAGCCUGGUCCCUCUACUUCAGCUGCUGCCCCCCAACCGUUUUCUGGCCUCUACAAACGAAUGGCCGAAGAGGAUGGCGUUAACACCAGCAGCAAAAACCGUCAGCCAAACAAGAAGAAAGCGGUCACUGAGGGUGACGUGGCCUUCAGCACUUCUGAUGAGGUGCUGGUGAUCAUUCCAAUAGAGCAAGCUCUAAUGGAAAAUGGAAUGGAUUCAAGCACCUUCGGUGCUGGUGGCGGUGGCGGUGACGCUGAACUGAUAAACAACAUUGACAUUGCCAACAUUCACCUUCCAAACACUUCCAAAGAGCAGCAGCAGCCAGCAAAAUCGGGAAAGCAUCCCUGCACUGAGCCGAACUGUGGCAAGCACUUCUUAAGCAACGCUGGUCUCAAGCGUCACCUUCGAACGCACAGCAAGGUAAAACCAUUCGGGUGCACCUAUUCUGGCUGCUCGCUGGAGUUCGGUCAGCGCGAAAACGCCCUCCGCCACAUUCGCAAUAUACACCUGAAGAAGAAGGAGAAACCUGGGGAAGAUGCUGAGGGGGAGGAUCCAAAUGAUGAUGAACCGGCCGAUCCAGCCGCCUAUCUCAGCGUGAAAGAGGAGCUCCUCUAA